AUAUAACGAGUUAAUUUGAUUUUGUGUUUAAUUAAAUGAAUUUUUUGUAGAACCUGAUUAAUAUUCUUUUGAACCUGAACUUGCCCGAAACCCUGAGUUUUUAAUAAAAGUCUCUUAAAAUUAAAGAAACCCAAAUUUAUAGAUUAAUAACUUAUGUAUAAGAACAUAUAAGUAAAACAGCACGGUAUAAUUGCUGGUUGAAUUCUUGUAGAUUUUGGCAGUUGAUUCACGUGGAAUUGGCGUUUCUGAUUUAGGUUGAUCUGGUUCUUUGACAUCAUCAAUAAUAAUUUGGUUUUCUAAACUUACUUCUUUAGAUUCAUCAAAAACUUCUGCGUUUAUAUCAACUUUUUGAUCUAAAAUAAUUUAUUUCAGAAUCUGAGGGUGUAUUUAUUUUUGUUGCAGAAUCACUUUUUGGAAUAACCUCAACCUCUUCUUUUCUUUUCACUAUUUUCUUAGGUUUAUCUUUUUGAUUAAUUUUAGUUGCUUUGGUUUUAACUUCUUUUCUAACAGAAUAAGUGCUUAUUUUCGAUACUUUAUAAUCCAAAUUGGAUAACAGCUAUUGAAAUUUUAGAUGAUAUUUUCUGAGGUGCCGAAAAUUCUUAUAACAUUUUCGUUUGUCAAAAAGACAGAGCUGCUCCUACUGACGAAGAACGAGCCCAAAUGCAAGAAGUUGGACAAUUCCACGUUGGUGAUAUGAUUAAUUGUUUUAGACACGGGUCUUUGGUGAUGCAAAAUUUAGGCGAAACAUCCACACCUACUUCUGGAUGUGUUCUUUUUGGUACAGUCGGAGGAGCUAUUGGUUUGGUGACGCAAAUCCCAACAGAUUUUUACGAUUUCUUAUUGGAAUUGCAAAAUAAACUUUCUACCGUAAUCAAAUCUGUUGGUAAAAUUGAACAUUCUUAUUGGAGAUCGUUUAAUACCGAUAUUAAAACCGAAGCUUGCGAAGGCUUUAUUGAUGGAGAUUUGAUUGAGAGCUUUUUGGAUUUGUCUCCAGAUAAAAUGAAGGAAGUUGCGGAAGGGUUACAAAUAACAGACGAAAGCAAUAUGAAACAAGAUUGUACAGUGGAUGAUUUAGUUAAAAUGGUUGAAGAUUUAACUAGGAUACAUUAGAAGUAGAGGUUUUUCUUUGCCAAAUAAAAAAAUGGUUCUGUUAUGAAAAGAAAACUUCGUUGUUUGAGCUUUUGAAGUUGUUUUAGCCUUCAUUAGUAACAAAAAAAAAUAUAAUAAUUAAUUCGAUUUUAAAACAGGAGACAACUACUAAUUUUUGUGUUUCAAUUUAUUAAGUUACUAUUAAAAAUAAAUUCUUCCUCUUAAAAAAAAGGAUAUAAUGUUAUUGAAUAUUUUCUAAGUCAACAUUGUUCUCCUAAAUAAAAACUAGCCGCAUCUACGAUACAUGUGGAUCUAAUUUUUUAUAAUGUGUGGAAAAAUAAUAAAAAAAAACGUAAUUUUAAA